GACGCGACAAACGUCGUGCACUCAUGAGACGGGUCCCACAAAUGCACAAGGCUCGAAACUUAUCAUAUCAUACUCUGAUACCACCAAAAUCUGAAGAUCAAAGUAUAAAAUUCUCUCUGAUAUCAUAAAAUCUCCAAAUACAAGAUCAUGAUCUAUAUCUCAAAUCUAUAUUCACUUUACAAAAUGGCUAGCCUUCUAACUCGUCACUUCCCGUGGUUUUCCCGUCCUCGAUUUCACAUCCUGAAAUGGUGGACAAGGAAAAACUAUGAGAUAAACUCAGUAAGUAAAU